GUCACGUGUGUACACACUGUAGGGCUCAGCAGCACUCCAGCAGUAGUAAAGUCUGAAACGGACGGCCCCUUUUCAGAACAAGCCUCGUCCGAAAAGUUGAUAGAUGAAGUGAAUGUCCGCCGACAUGCAGGAAAGCGGUUGUUUUUGCUGGUUUUAGGCACUGGGAGCGCGGGGAGAGCCGGAGCGCGUAUUUUAGGACGUCUGUUUGUCAAAUGAAACGACUGAGAAAUGCCAGUGGAAAUGCUACAUCCAAACCCUAUGCCUCCGUAGGUUUGUCACCGACCCAAAUCUAUAACGUUACGUUUCUGUCGACCUGUUGAGAGACGUGACCCGUGUGUGACCCCAGCGAUGUGGAUCUGCAUGGUUUACAAUGAGACGGACACCAGCGUUGACUUCCAGCUCUGCCAGGACUAUGGCCUCAUCCUGUCGGUCUUCUCCCUCAUCUACCUCCUGGUGUGCUUCCCAUUGGGGCUGUGCUACAAUGCGCUGCUGGUCGUGGUCAACCUCUCCAACAAGGUGUCCAUGACCAUGCCGGAUGUUUAUUUUGUCAACAUGGCCAUAGCGGGCCUCGUGCUCAAUCUGGUGGCGCCUGUGGAGCUGCUAAGCUCCACCUUCACCCGCUGGCAUGCAUGGGAGUACAACAACGAGGUCUACAUUACCCUGCUCAUUCUCUUCAACAUUUCCUCUCUGGUCAUCAUGUAUUCCACCACGCUGCUCAGUCUGGACUACUACAUAGAGCGGGCCCUGCCUCGUACGUACAUGUCCAGUGUGUAUAACACCAAACAUGUUUGUGGGUUCAUCUGGGGCGGGGCGGUGCUCACUAGCUUCUCGUCCUUGCUCUUCUAUGUGUGCAACCACAUCUCCACUAAGAUGGUUGAGUGCUCUAAAAUGCAGAACAAGGAGGCAGCAGAUGCCAUCAUGAUGUUCAUUGGCUACGUGGUUCCAGCUGUGGCUGUUCUUUAUGCAUUUGUACUCAUUUUGCGCAUUAGGAAGGAGUCUACACCUCUGGAUCAGGACUCUGCUCGCUUGGACCCUUCGAUCCACCGACUGCUGCUAGCCUCAGUCUGUGUGCAGUUUGUACUGUGGACCCCAUACUACAUGACCUUGUUGGUACACACUGUAGCCGGUGCACCAGGGUACAUUAACAGUGCACACUACUUACCUACCUAUUAUUUCUUAAGAUGUGUGUCUAAACUGCUGGCUUUCUCUAGCAGCUUUGCAAUGCCUCUCAUGUAUAGGCAGAUGAACAAAAACUUCUCCAACAAGCUUCAGCGGCUGCUCAGGAGGCUGCACUGUGGAGACCAGUCCUGCCCUCACGAACGCUCAACAGUGCAGCAAGUGGUGACGUGAGAUCUCCCACGGGGAGAUUACUGGCGCCCCUCCCACUCCCCCUUCCCCUUUUCCACCUCUCAACCUAGCCGGCACUUAUCUCCCCCCUACAGAGCCAGUAUCUGACUGAGCUCCCCGACUGCUCUGGACUGUGUUAAGAGCGACGUAGCUAACUGUGGAAUUUCCUGUCACCUUCAGAACAUGAUCUGAUCUAUCCAGUUCUGCAGCGAGAGGACAAACCAAGCAAAAACCACUAAGUGCUGUUAUUUUUUGUCAACACGUGAAGUUCUCCUCUACUUCUAUUUUGAGGGCUGUAAAUCGGCACAAUCAGCUGAUCACUACCGUUAAGACAAACACACAAAAUAUCCUGUUUGCAAGGGACCGCCAGUCGCUACGGCAUCUUAGUGGGAGCGGCUUUCUUGAUAACGGCGGUGUUUAUGAAUACUGUGCUGACAGUGUGUGCAAGUUUGACCAAUGCAUGACUGCCUAAAUUUCACUUUAGAGUCGCAAUAUGCUACUAGAUACAGUUUAGGAAUAAUUUUACAACUGAUGCAUAACACAUAAGCAGAACAACAAGCAGUAAGCUAUGAACUUGCACUGUGUGUCAGCAACGUUCCGCGCUGCCUGUGAACAUCAGUGUUUACCGCCCUCAAACUAGACCAUUGAUCACUUGACAGUUCUACCUUUUCAGAGCUGCAUUUUCUUUUUACUCAAAUGUGUUGAGAGUGAUUCCUCAUUAUCAUAUUGAAUAAUCUUCACAUUUAAAAGGUGGAAUACAAAAUGUAUGCUCUUUCAGAAAUUGUAGCUUCAUUUCAAAAGCUGUUUUCUUUCUCGAUACCCGUACUACCCUGUAGCUAGAUGUAGGUACUGGUAUGAAGAGAUGUUCUCAGUUCAUUUUUUAAAAGAUGUCUUGAGGUAUCCACUCACAGGUAUAAAGAGAUUAUUCUUGCAUAUGUUAUAAGCUCCACAACAAAUACAUUGUGUAAACUAUACAUCCAUACAACAAGUCACACAACUACGUGAAAUCCUUAUAUAAAGCUUGUAUUCAGGGUUCAUCCAUAACCGGUAUACCUCUUGUGAUCUCUGCUGAAAUCACAUCACCUGUUAACCAUAAGUGGUUCAAAUCAACUCAUUCAUUCAUUUGAGCAGAUAGCCUCAACUCAGUAUGUGAUUUGUUAAGCUGUGUAUUGCUUCUGCAGGAAUUAUGCAUGAAGACCCUCACAUAGUGUCAGUGAAGUGUCCCCCCCCCAAGAUCACAGAGAGGGCCCUGAGGUAGUGGCAUGUACAUUCCCUAAAUUGUAUGAGCAUUCAUGAGUGGUAGGGAGGUUUUGUCCAGUGGAAAUAUGAAGCCUGUCUGGGUCACUCUAGAGGCACUAUCAGAAACCUUCAUAAACUAUAAAAGACUUGCCUGCCAAGCACCUGAAAACUGUGUUUGUCACAGAGUUUGAACUGUAAUGCUGCUCAGAUGCAUUAAGGUAAUCUGCACAUUGUUGGCAAAGCUGCUUUGCUUUCUUGCCUGGAAUUUAGUGAAAACAGAACAGACUAAUAGUGAUGAAGCCCAGUUAUAAAAUGAAAAUUUAAAACUUGCUUUUGCAUGAGGUCUGUUGCAUCACUGCAUUAGUUUAGUGGUUUUUUUGUUUUUUGUUUUUGCUUUCUGAAUGAGAGGGCCAGUUUAUAAAUCAUCCUGUGAACAGAUGCACCAGCUGGGCGGGGCAUUCACUUGAAGAGAAAUGGAAGGUGGGCACACUGUUAUAUUCAACUCUCAGACAACAAUAAAUGAUAGUCACUUUUCUUUGUAAUUUACACCUUAAGAUAAACAAUUGUAUGUUAAUUCUGACCUGCUGGGCUGUUUCUGCAAGUCUGCUUGGCUUUCACUGCAAAAUUUGAAGUUUUGCCAGAUGUACUAAAACAGCGUUGAUGCUUUUCAUACAUAAUGAAAUUAUUAUUAAGAUUAUAACAUUAUAUCAAACAUACACCUACUGUAUUUUUUAGACAUCUUGUGACUAGAGAUGUUGCUUGUCUAUGGUUGAUGUAUGAAACAGUGUCCAACAUUUUAAUUUUCGCUGCAUCGUCCCACCCUCGUUAUGUGUAUCUACAGUGAGAAAUAAUGUUUAUUUUCAACUGAGGCUGUGUUACAGUAUUUGCCGCCCCGUAAAACAAGCUUGUACGUAUCCUGACACAGUUAAUCAUUAUUUGAACUCAGUUCAAAGUCCCACUGCUUACUGUUACAUUUAGCACCAGAAGGCAAACAAUAGUACAUGUGUGGUCAAAAGAUACAGGGUUUGAAUCAAAGCUUGUGACUGUCUGAUUUUUGACAUUUAAGCAACAUUUCUUAAGGUGGUGUCCAUUUUCAGCCCUAAAUUGGUUUACUAUAUACUGUCAGAGAUUGCAGUUGUGUCUAUGUUUAUUUUUAACAAAACUCCAACUAUUAUUUAAUCAAUAAGCACUUGAAUUAUAAUGAAUAGAAUUGAAUGUUUGAAGAUUGUCUGAUUAUGUGACAGCAGAACAUGUUGCCAUUGGUGAUUUUUUAAUGAAGUUAAUGUCAAUAGAAUUUAUGUCAAUUUUAAAUUUAUGUUUCUAAUUAGACAUCCAACUGGAAGGCACUCAGUAUCUGUUAUUUUGAUGGUAAAUUUCAGUCUGUAUCUGAACCUUCAUCAAACAAGUAAAUGACAACUGGGCUGAUUUUUGGAGAAUAGCUAAAUUAGGAGCUAUGACCAGUUAACUCAGCAGUCAUUUAACUUGGAGUUGAUAUGUGAAUGUGCCAAUCUAAAUUUGGUUCCAAUUACACAAAGAAGGCCUCACUUCUAGCACUAAUCUAAUCAGUUUUCUUUCUUCCCAUGCCCUGACUUUUCACCAAAUUUCACUAAAAUCCAUUUAGCCAUUUUUAAGUUAGAGACAGACCUAAAACAAACUCCUUGGCAGGGGUAAUAGUUAACAGUCACCACAAAUUGACUGACUGCACGAUGCAGACAACUGGCAAAUAAAGCUUGAUCAAAUUGGGCUCAAAAUUACACCCAAGUCAGAUUACUGCUGAAGACUGACUUUGGUUUAUUAUUUCAGAGGGGCCAUAAUCUCACACCAGUGCGGAGAAAUUUGAGUUUAGUUAAAUUGCUGAAACAGACCACGUAUAAAAACACCCUCAAAGUUCUUGUGUGUCAACUGUAUGCAGAUGCAAUUCAGCUAUUUGAACAGCAAAACCUCAAGUCCAGAUGAAUCCACUUUCAGAUGUGAUGCUUUUGGGACUGUGUAUGCAAGUGUAUGUGUAUAAUAAUGUGUAUAUAUUGUAUGUGAGAGAUUUACAGGAAGAUACCAUGCUCUUUCAAAAACACAGUAUUAUUUUCUGAGAGAUAUAUUUAGAUUCUGUAAGUAAUCUACUCUAUUGUCAAUUGAGUCAAAGACUGAUUAAACAAUAAACU